UGUCAUUUGUCAGUAGUGUUUGGUUUGGCGUUUAAUUUUCGGUUAUCAGUAUUUUGCCAAACAAAUCUAUAAAUAUCUGGAAAAUAAUGAUAUGUUUGUGAAAUUUACCCCAUCAUAAAAUAUUCGGUUGACCGAAAGUAAGUGGCGCUAACCGUAUUUUGUAUUUAGGUCAACCGCUUAUGAACAAAGUUGGUUACCGAUAAUCCUCAGUUUGUAUAUCUUCAAAUAUUGUAUUAAUGAUACAAGAAGUUCCCUGACAUGGCUGAUAAUGAUGACUAUUUAGAUUCGAUUGACAACAAUCAUCUAGACGGGACCAACGGUUCCUUGAACAUGACCGACAGCAGCCUUGGCGGUGGGGAUGAGGCAGCUGGGGGAGAGGUACCAGACCUGGCGGCCAUCAAAGCGCGCGUGCGCGAGAUGGAAGAGGAGGCAGAGAAGCUCAAACAGAUGCAGACGGAGGUGGACAAGCAGAUGAGCAUGGGCAGCCCACCUGGCCUCACGAGUCCACUGAACAUGUCGAUUGAGGAGAAGAUAGAGGCGGACAACAGAUCCGUGUAUGUGGGCAAUGUGGACUAUGGGGCUACGGCUGAGGAACUUGAACAACAUUUUCAUGGCUGUGGCUCAAUUAAUAGGGUUACAAUAUUAUGUAAUAAGUUUGAUGGACAUCCAAAAGGAUUUGCAUACAUAGAGUUUGGAGACAAAGACAGUGUACAGACCGCCAUGGCCAUGGACGAGUCGUUAUUUAGGGGGCGUCAGAUUAAGGUGAUGCCCAAGCGCACGAACAAGCCGGGGCUGUCGUCCACGAACCGGCCGCCGCGGGGCGCGCGCGGCCGCGGCGGGCGCGGCUUCCGCGGCGGCUACUCGUCCUACUACUCCGGCUACCGGCCCGUGCGGCGCGGCAGAGGUUACAGGCGCGGCAUGUAUUACUCCCCUUACUGAGUGCGGUAGAGGGGCCGCCCGCGUAGUGUAAGCGCUCUAACGUUAGUGGACCCGCCGCCGCCGCCGCUGCGCGACGCCGAGCCCCGCCGUCUGCCCCCGUCCCCGCCCCCGCCCCCGCCGCACCAAGAGUGACAACUUACGUUUAGGUUAUGGUACACGUUUCUUUCCACCGCACCGUCGUCGCUACCGGAUCUUCUAAUAGUACAUUGUGAUACAAGUCUGCUACGUUGGUCAUUACACACGAGGCGAUAUUGUACUGACUGACGCAAUAAGAAAGCCAAAGUGUGUAAUGACCGAUGCACACGCGUUUCAUACGACGUUUUUCAACACACUUGCAUGGAAAAAAAAAGAAACUUUCAUAUUAAUCAAACUUUAAUUGUUAAAACAGUUAGUAAAAGUCUAAAAUCUGUCAUCAAAUCGGUCGGCGGGGCGCCGACGCCCGCCAGUCCGUGUUGUAAAAUCUCGACAAAUUUAAGAAGGCUCGGUUUCCAUACAUAUUAUUAGCAAUCAGUUACUUUCUUAUUCUAUAAGUCAGUCGGAUUAUCAUUCAAUACCUAACAAGUUAUAUUGAAAAAGCACCUGUUUAAUAUCUAGGAUUAUGAGCCUAAAAGCGGUUCAGUAACUUGCAUGUUACGAGCAAGUGUGUUAAAAAAAAUAGAACUCACGGUUCCGCUUGCAGUUCUGUGAGAUCUGACAAGAUUAAAAAAGUAAUAUAGGUAGGUAGGUAACUACCAUAUCACUGUUCAGUUAGCCGCCUCAGACUUUAACAGGAUCGCAAGCGAGGACAUUCGCAACGAAAUCUACUAGUGAGGUAGCCACAAUGAACUAGAUGUUCAAGUUGUGUUGUCUGGUUAACUAUGCAGCUACAUAAUUAAAAUAGGAAAUGUAAGGGAGGAACGACUCGGAUUAUGUUUAAGCCUAAUUAUUGAAAUAGUAGGUAUGUAAGAGAAAUAUUGAUGAAGGUGACUACAAACUAUUAUAAAUGACUCAGAAAUUACUAUUGACCGGUGUGAAUCUUAUCUAAAUAUAGAUAAUUAAAUUGUAAGCGUUUUGUUGAGCGUGGAUAGGUGUGCCUAAUAAUUUUGUUAGAUGUUUUAUCUUGUAGCAUUAUCGCGUUUUAGAUGUUAACACGAGGUGAUGGUAUGCAACCAUGCGGAUAACUAGAGAUGUAGAAAUGCUAGCCACAAGUUUAAAGUAUGAAUUAUCAAUUAUAAUGAUCUACAGUAUUUUCCUUGUAUUGUGUUGUACAGUUUUUCUUGUUCGUUGUAAGAUCACAUAUAAAUAUUACAACAUUUUAAAUAUAAAUAAUUAGUACCAUUUGGUUGUAUAAUGGAAUGGAUGUUCCAUACCAUAUUGUAUCAGUGAAUUAAUUUAUGUCAUCUUAUAUUUCCUUUAAUUUAAAAAAAUGAAAUAGCACUCAUAAAGUAUUAAGAAAAUGCAAAAAAAAUGUGCUGAAUGAAUGAGAAAUAAUAAUUAAGAAUAAUUUUAAGAACGAA